UCCCCCUCCCUCUCGCUCCCUCCGCCCUCCCGCGGCUCCGGCUGCCGCGGAGUGAACGGGACCGGCCCGGCUGCAGAGCGCGGGCGGCGGCGGGGACGCGGCGCCUGGCAGAGUUGUGGCGGCCCUGCCCGCGGAGACGUGAGGAGGUGGAUGUGGGAAGAGAUUUUUGCAGAACUGAAAUGGAGGUCAGAGCUUCAUUACAGAAGGUUACUGGGUCAUCGGAUUAUGUGGCUACACAGAACAGUGAAGAAUUUGUUUUGGUUCCUCAGUAUGCAGAUGAUACUUCUACAAAAGAUGAAGAAAAACCUGAACUGAAGAUAGUUUCUAAUGAUGAACAAUUGGAAAAAGCCAUGGAAGAGAUUUUGAGAGAUUCUGAGAAAGGGCAAGGCAGCCUUCUUAUGGAUCGUCAAAGUUCCAGUGAGAUUUCAGACCAUUCACUUGGAGGUGUUUCAGCCAGCCAAACAAAUAAGCCAUCUCUUCAGUUAAUUUUGGAUCCAUCAAAUACAGAAAUUUCUACACCCAGACCAUCUUCUCCAAGUGGAUUGCCAGAAGAAAAUAGUGUUUUAUUUAACAAACUGACCUACUUAGGAUGUAUGAAGGUUUCUUCCCCACGUAAUGAAGUGGAGGCUUUACGGGCAAUGGCAACUAUGAAAUCUUCGAGUCAGUACCCCUUUCCUGUUACUCUGUAUGUGCCAAAUGUUCCAGAAGGUUCUGUGAGAAUCAUAGAUCAGUCCAGCAAUGUGGAGAUAGCAUCUUUUCCAAUCUAUAAGGUGCUGUUCUGUGCACGUGGACAUGAUGGGACAACAGAGAGCAAUUGCUUUGCAUUUACAGAGAGUUCCCAUGGUUCAGAAGAAUUUCAGAUACACGUUUUCACCUGUGAAAUUAAAGAGGCAGUAAGCAGAAUUUUAUAUAGUUUCUGUACAGCAUUCAAACGUUCUUCCAGACAAGUGUCUGAUGUUAAAGACUCAGUUAUUCCUACCCCCGACAAUGAUGUGUUUACCUUCAGUGUCUCCUUGGAGGUAAAAGAAGAUGAUGGAAAAGGAAACUUUAGUCCUGUGCCUAAGGACAGAGAUAAAUUUUAUUUCAAAUUGAAGCAAGGAAUAGAGAAGAAGGUAGUGAUUACAGUGCAGCAACUUUCUAACAAAGAAUUAGCUAUUGAAAGAUGUUUUGGAAUGUUAUUAAGCCCAGGUCGAAACGUGAAGAACAGUGACAUGCACUUACUGGAUAUGGAAUCCAUGGGAAAAAGCUAUGAUGGGAGGGCUUAUGUUAUCACCGGCAUGUGGAACCCAAAUGCACCUAUAUUUCUGGCACUUAAUGAAGAAACCCCAAAAGAUAAGCGAGUGUACAUGACUGUGGCCGUGGAUAUGGUGGUCACGGAGGUGGUGGAGCCUGUCCGCUUUCUCCUGGAGACAGUAGUCCGUGUAUACCCUGCAAACGAGCGAUUCUGGUACUUCAGCAGGAAGACUUUCACGGAGACUUUCUUCAUGAGGUUGAAACAGACUGAGGGAAAAGGUCACACCAGUGCUGGAGAUGCAAUCUAUGAGGUGGUGAGUCUACAGAGAGAGUCUGAGAAGGAGGAACCUGUCACUCCUACUAGUGGAGGGGGCCCAAUGUCACCCCAGGAGGAUGAAGCAGAAGAGGAGAGUGAUAAUGAACUCUCAAGUGGAACAGGUGAUGUAUCUAAGGAUUGUCCUGAGAAGAUCCUGUAUUCCUGGGGAGAAUUGCUAGGAAGAUGGCACAAUAACCUUGGUGCACGACCGAAAGGACUGUCCACGCUGGUGAAGAGUGGCGUCCCUGAAGCUCUGAGGGCAGAGGUAUGGCAGUUGUUAGCAGGCUGCCAUGACAACCAGGCAAUGCUGGAUAGAUACCGACUUCUCAUCACAAAGGACUCCGCCCAGGAAAGUGUUAUCACUCGAGACAUUCAUCGGACGUUCCCUGCGCAUGAUUACUUUAAGGACACAGGAGGAGAUGGCCAGGAAUCGCUCUACAAGAUCUGCAAGGCCUACUCUGUCUAUGACGAGGACAUUGGGUACUGCCAAGGACAGUCUUUUCUUGCUGCUGUAUUGCUUCUGCAUAUGCCAGAAGAACAAGCAUUCUGUGUUUUGGUGAAAAUCAUGUAUGACUAUGGUUUACGAGAUCUCUACAAAAACAACUUUGAAGAUCUUCAUUGCAAAUUUUAUCAGUUGGAGAGACUAAUGCAGGAGCAGCUACCGGACCUGCACAGCCAUUUUUGUGACCUGAACCUGGAGGCCCAUAUGUAUGCUUCCCAGUGGUUUCUCACUCUUUUCACCGCCAAGUUCCCGCUCUGCAUGGUCUUCCACAUCAUUGACUUACUGCUCUGUGAGGGUUUGAAUAUAAUCUUUCAUGUAGCCUUGGCUCUUCUAAAGACCUCAAAGGAAGAUCUUCUGCAGGCUGAUUUCGAAGGGGCUUUAAAGUUCUUCAGAGUUCAGCUUCCAAAGAGAUACAGGGCAGAGGAAAAUGCAAGAAGAUUGAUGGAGCAGGCUUGUAAUAUCAAGGUACCGACCAAGAAGCUGAAGAAAUAUGAGAAGGAAUAUCAGACAAUGCGCGAGAGUCAGCUGCAGCAGGAGGACCCCAUGGACAGAUACAAGUUUGUAUAUUUAUAGGUAACGCCAUCUGUUGCAUUUAUACUGGGAAUCUGCCUAAGAAGCUGAGAGAAAGAGAGGGAAAAGGAAAGAAAGUGGCUCUCGACUACUUUCAAAAAUGAGAGAAAAAGGAAAAUGGCAAAGUACUGUUUUAGCUGUACACGGUCACAUCCACAAAGACUUUUAGAAGGUGAUCUGUUCCAAGACUGGCACGAAAAUGUUUCAGACUCACCUGUGUCUGUAGCAAAUGUGAAAAAUACAAGCUCAUUUGGAAGGACAAAUAAAAACCACAAAGGUUGUAUUGAGCACAAUCAUGGUGUUUGUUGCAACGUUUAUUUCCACAAAUAAAUUUAUGAGUCACAGUGACAUUUCACUACAGUA